AUGGAUAGAUAUUCGAGAGGAUACGACGAAAGAUAUAGAGGCUACUACGACCGCCCUCGUUCUGAUACCUAUCGUCCAGGCGAAAACUAUCGUUCAGAGAGAGAUUAUAGAGAUAAUCCUGCUGGGAGUGGUGGUGGCAGCAGUAGCAGCAGAAAUUAUUCGCCUAAUUAUCCAUCGUCUCGCUCACCAACAGGUGGUGGAGGAGGAGGAUCAGGCUCAAGAUACAGUGGCAGCUACUCAGAUGCACGGUCUAGCUACUAUGGCUCUCGAGGUCAUUCACCUCCAUCACGAUCUUCCUCAAGGUCCCCUAGACGGCCAUCGUAUGGCUACUAUCGUUCAGCGGGAGGGUCCUCGUAUCCUUACAGUUCAAGAAGAUCGCCCUCUCCUCCCCGCCCAGUAGGAGGCCGUAGCGGAAGCAGCUCUAGCAGUAGAAGAGAUUCAUACGACCAUCAUCGAUCUUACCAUGGAUCUCCUUCUUACUCGCAGUAUCCACCUUCUUACAGAGGUGGCAGAGGUGAUAGUGACAGAGGACCUUAUCCACCCUAUUCAUCGAGAAGACACUACUCUGGUCCACCUCCUUCGUCAUCGUAUGCCCCUCCUUCAUCAUCAAGCUACGGACAUCCUCCUCCUCCUUCUUCUUCUCAUCCUUCUUCGGGAAGUGGAUAUCACAGUCGAGAAACAUCAGUGCCACCACCUCAGCGCUCGAUACACUCUACACCUACCUCGACAGCUCCCAAUUCGCCCAGACAGUACCCACAAGAGCCUGCCAGUCUAUUGCGUGAAACGAGUGCACCUUCCUCUUCCGCAGCAACUAUAUCAGCUGUCAACAAACCUUCUACUGCCACUGUCAGUGCUUCCUCAUCUCCAUCACAGCAACAACAACAACAAAAACCGCCAUCACUGCCAUCAACAGAAAACAAUGCGCCGGCUGCAUUGAGCUCUUCCUCUACUUCCAACAUGGCACCCUUACCUUCGUCUGCCACCACAACAACUAGUACCACAACUGCUUCUAAUAUCAACACUCAAACACAACAUUAUGCUCCACCUCCACCCUCUCUUUCACUCAACACAGGCUAUUCUCAACAAUCUUCAUCUUAUCCUUAUUCUGCAUCCGCAUCGUCUUCACCUUACACCAACAGUGGUGGAGGAGGAUCAAGUACGCCUCGCGGCCCGCCUCAUCAUCACAGCAGUAGUAGCAGCAGUGGAUAUCAUCACCAUUACAAUAGUCAUUACAGUUCACCUUCUACAACAAUGCCGCCUAUCAGACAGAGAAUAUCAUGGGCUCCAGAGCAAGAAAAGGAGAUGGAUAGAUAUCAUGUCGAUCAGAGAAAGCUAUGUGACGAAGAGAUUAGGAUUUUAACAAAUUCUCGCAAAAGCAGAUUCGAGCUGGAAUUAGCACAUUGGGAGGUAACGAAGCUGGAUCACCAAUUGGAGCUUGUGCAAAAGCAGUGGGAGGAGAACGGCAUGGAGGAUUUGGUGCGUGAGGAAUCUCUGAAAUUCAGCAAUAACAGCAGAUCAGCAUCUAAUGCCAUCCACAGCACCAGCAUGAGUAGUAGAUUAGCCAUCUUGUAA